AUGGUGUUCAGUGUCUGGAAUAACACGGUGACCAGUAAUCGUGAAUCUCGAGGGAACCCCACCACCAACCUGUCCAGGGCUCCUCUGCAACCUCCCCGCAGUCCCCCAACUUGGUGGUCUGAGGUCUUCUGCGUGUCUGAGGGCAACAUCUGUGCCUUCUGCUGUGUGCAGACACUGCUGCCUGAGGAGGAGGAGCGGCAAAAGGGCCUGGAGCAUCUUCACUUCCCCUCCAAGGACAACAAGGUCGUGGUGCUCUCCAGACCAGAGGAAUCUCACGUAGGGUGCAAGCACCAAGGCAACGUCCACUUCAUCUGUGAUUUCAUCUUCCUUCCACCUGCCUGGCAGCAAGAGACCUUUGAGGAGAUCGCGUUGCUGGUGCAGUUGGUGCUGGAUGGACACCAUGUGUGCAUCUUGCAGAUGAGCAGCGGGCAGACCUACACCAUGGAGAGGCUGGACACGCUGGAUCCAGCCAGGGGUGUGAUCCCGCGGGCAGUGCAGCAGGUCUUCCAGGGAGCCUGGGAGCUGGCAGAAAAAGGCUGGGAAUAUGGUUUCACCGCCAGCUUCCUGGAGAUGUACAACAAAUCCCUGCGGGAUCUGCUGGCUGGCCAGCCGGAGCACAGGGCCAAGCUGGAGAUCCGUCAGGCCAAGCUGGAGAUCCGUCGGGUCAGCUUGGCCAGUGAGGAGCUGCACAUCCCCAACCUGUGCUGCAUCCCUGUCACCUCCAAGCAGGAGUCCAUGGUGCUGGGGCUGCUGUAGACAGUGGCCGCCAACCACUUGGUGGCCCAGAUGGCCCUGAACAACUGCUCAUCCCACAGCCACUGUGUCUUCCAGCUCCACAUCCAGGGCUCCAGCCCCACCCGAGACCUGCACUGCACCUCGGUGCUGAGCCUGGUGGGCCUGGCAGGCAGCGAGUGGAUGGACGAGUCACUGUUGUGAGGGAAGCAGCUGUGGGAGGCACAGGCCAUCAAUGCCAGCCUCUCCACCCUGGGGCAGGUCAUCAUGGCCCUCUCCAACAAGGAGCCCCACGUCCCCUAUCGCAACAGCAAGUUGACCUACCUCCUGCAGAACUCCCUGCAAGAAGUCUCACAUGGGGUGUGA